GAUUCAGCAGACACUGGAAGUGGUGGUGAAGGACACAGUGGUAGUCAAUGUUAUUUGAGCAGGGUCAGCAAGCCCUGGAACUUCCUGAAUGCACAAUGCAGAAGGCUGCAUACUAUGAAAACCCAGGACUCUUCGGAGGCUAUAGCUACAGCAAAGCCACUGACACUUAUGGCUAUGGUACCCCCCAUCAGCCCUACCCACCCCCUGCUGCCGCCAACUCCCUGGACACUGAUUACCCAGGUUCUGCCUGCUCCAUCCAGAGCUCUGCACCUCUGCGAGCCCCAGCCCACAAGGGGGCUGAACUCAAUGGCAGUUGCAUGAGACCUGGCACUGGGAACAGCCAGGGUGGGGGUGGUGGCAGCCAGCCUCCUGGUCUGAACUCAGAGCAGCAGCCACCACAACCCCCCCCUCCACCACCCACUCUGCCCCCAUCCUCACCUACCAAUCCUGGAGGUGGAGUGCCUGCCAAGAAGGUCAAGGGUGGGCCCAAUGCUUCCAACUCCUCAGCCACCAUCAGCAAGCAGAUCUUCCCCUGGAUGAAAGAGUCCCGACAGAACUCCAAGCAGAAGAACAGCUGUGCCACUGCAGGAGAGAGCUGCGAGGACAAGAGCCCGCCAGGCCCGGCGUCCAAGCGGGUGCGCACGGCCUACACCAGUGCGCAGCUGGUGGAGUUGGAAAAGGAAUUCCACUUCAACCGCUACUUGUGCCGGCCGCGCCGGGUGGAGAUGGCCAACCUGCUGAAUCUCACCGAGCGCCAGAUCAAGAUCUGGUUCCAGAACAGGCGCAUGAAGUACAAGAAGGACCAGAAGGCCAAGGGCAUCCUGCACUCGCCGGCCGGCCAGUCUCCGGAGCGCAGCCCGCCACUCGGCGGCGCCGCUGGCCACGUGGCCUACUCUGGGCAGCUGCCGCCGGUGCCAGGCCUGGCCUACGACGCACCCUCGCCGCCGGCUUUCGCCAAAUCGCAGCCCAAUAUGUACGGCCUGGCCGCCUACACGGCGCCGCUCAGCAGCUGCCUCCCACAGCAGAAGCGCUACGCGGCGCCCGAGUUCGAGCCCCACCCCAUGGCAAGCAACGGCGGCGGCUUCGCCAGCGCCAACCUGCAGGGCAGCCCUGUGUAUGUGGGUGGCAACUUCGUCGACUCCAUGGCGCCCGCCUCCGGGCCCGUCUUCAACCUGGGCCACCUCUCGCACCCAUCUUCGGCUAGCGUGGACUACAGUUGCGCUGCGCAAAUUCCUGGCAACCAUCACCACGGACCGUGCGACCCUCAUCCCACCUACACAGAUCUUUCGGCUCACCACUCCUCUCAGGGACGCCUGCCCGAGGCCCCCAAACUGACACAUCUGUAGCGGUCACCCUCUGCCCGAACCUGCGGCCUCUGGCCUGGCCCCUGCUUCCCAGGUCUCCAGCUGCUGAGGCAGAGGCUAUGGGGCCUCCCCUCCAUGCGCGUCCUCCUUCGGGUGACUCGCCAUAAAUCAGCCGCAAGGAUCCUCCCCUGCAAGCCUGACAGUGCCAUAUACUGCGGACCGAGGGACUCUAGUCUGGUAAUGGUGUCCCGAAGGUAAGUCUGAGACCCGUUGGCCAUGCGCCCUGCCUGCGGAAGGACUAGAGUUGGAGAGUCCUGGGCCUGGCCUGCAUCUAGCUUAGUUUUGGAGAUCUUAAUUUAUAUGCUCCUUCCCCGUCCAGUAAGGAUUGCAUUGGACUAAACGAUCUGUAUUUAUUAUUUGAAGCGAUUCAUUUCGUUUCCCUGAUUAUUUAUUCCUCCUCUUAAUGUAUUUAUGUGUAUAUUUGUAGAAUUCUCCAGCCGAGCUUAGGAACGUGCUCCCAGGCUUUGGGGGCCACAUUUCACCUGUUUAGUCCCCUUGGUCUGAACUAGUUGAGAGUAGUUUUGAACAGUUGUAACCAUGGCUGGUGUUUGUAGUUGAUGUAAAGGAUUAAGACCACAAAUUGUCCUUCAUGGUCGUAGAGUCAAGCAGCCCAGUGGCAUGGCACAACACACCUUAUUCAUUUCUCAACAGCCACAGCCCUUGCCACUUGUCACAGUUUAUUGAUUUCAAAUUGUCUGGUACUAUUUGAACAAAUAUUUAGAAUAAAAACUUUUCUCAGUUGGAAGUCUAUCUGUGUUAAUCACACACACUUGCAAGCACAUCACUCUGCCUUUAUCUUUUGAACAAUCCCAAUGGAAGACCAAGAACAAGGCUGACCCUUUGAAAAACUUUUAUUUAUUUGGAAUCUAGUACAUAAAUUGAUUUUUUGGGUGAUACUUGCUUACAUUCCAGUUAUUGAAAUGGAGGGGGGUGUCUGAGGGUGCAAACCUAGAAAUGUCCUGUGUGGGAUGACUG